ACAUCCUUCGCUCACGAACACUCAGUGUCCUCGGCAACAUUUCGCCUAAGAACUGCGAGCCCAGCGACACAACGACGACCACCAAGACGACGACGACGACGACAAAACGACGUCGGUUUACAACAGAUGCUCUUGCAAAGGAUAGGCAUAGAACAUUUGCGGAUAUGGAUCCUACUAUUACUUAUCUCACUUGUUCCCGCAGCAUUAAUAAGAGAUCGAAGGAGAACGUCAGACGAUUUCUCAUUAUUCUCGUACGACUACGAUGACAAAGCAGAUGCACAUGAUGCAGACGCCGCAUUUCGAAAAUUUGAAGCUUUAUGUUCAGCGAGGUCACAACAGCCAAGUACCUCAAAACCUUCAUUAAUUGACGCUCUUUGCACAUCAGCAUUGAAAAAAGAAUAGGGUUUUUUACAGUUGUGCUCUUUUUCCUCCAAUCAUAUUAUGUAUUUCGUUGCCGUUCGUUUUCAUUUGGUUUUUUUUUUGAUUUUUGAUUGAUUUUUUCCACGAACUUUUUUUCCAUUGUUACAAAAACAAAAUUGAUAUCUCGAUCCACGUGUCUUUUUCUCUUCCCGCCCAACAACAGCCACUUACAGUAGCCUGAAUGAACUUGAUUGUCCCGUUGAUCUCAUAAGACCCCCUAUCUCCAAAUUGUCCUCAAACAAAAAUGCAGUCGAUCUCAAAUUGUUGGACACUUUUUCUCCCACACAAAUCACUUGUUUGUACAUAGUUCCCAUUUUGAUUGUUUCUUCGGGAUAUCAGACAACCUCCUACCAUUGUCACUUUUUUGAAAAGACUUUGGGAUGUGUGGGCAUCUUUUUUCUAGUCUUUUUUAUUGAAUAAAAUUCAGUUUGAAUCAACA